AUGCUAGGCAGGGUCAUCUUCUGCGUGGUGAUCGCCGCGGCCGUCCUCGCCGUCGUCCUGCUCGCCACCGUCUCCCCUCUCCCCCACCGGUCCACCGCGCGCCCCCGGGGUCUCCGCGCUAUCACGGUGUACAUCCAUCCGGCGAAGUCAGGAGCCGCGACGCAGCAGCAGCGGCACCAGGGCGCCGCCGCCGCGCACGGAGACGAACGGGCGGCGAGCGCGCUGGUGUUCCGACACCGGAUGACGGCGGGGCCGGAGUUCACGUCGGCGGCCGUCGGCGCGGCCUCGGGGUUCGUGCUCCCGGGCGAGCGCGGCUCGGCGAUGUCGGCGUUCGACACGGUGCACCUGGCGUUCGACGCGCCCGGGCUGUCCGGCAGCCUCUGCGUGGAGGUGGCCAGGGACAAGGAGGCCCUCUGUGUGGUGGGCGGCACGGGCGCGUUCGCGUUCGCGCGCGGGCGCGGCGCCGUCCUGCGCCCGGAGCGGGGGAAGCGGCUGGACGGCGGCGGCGCCGCGACGGCGUUGCGUCUUGAGCUGAGCCUGAGCGUCGCGUCCGCUGGCUAA